GGAACGAUUCUCAGAGACGGAGAGAGAGAGAGAGAGAGAGAGAGAGAGAGAGAGAGAGCGAUUCCCAGAGAGAAGAGAGCCAGUGAAGAGAGAGAGAGAGAGAGAGAGAGAGAGAGAGAGAGAGAGAGAGAGAGAGAGAGAGAGAGAAAUAUGGGAUUUUUGGGAUUUUUCAAAGUCUUGUAUUCAACCGUUAGAAACGCCUGUCGAAGAUUGUACAAUCUGGGCUGUGCUGCCGUUAGGAAGAUCUGGCCUGCCGGAGUUUCGGAAUCCUUGCACUUGACGGCCGUUAAACUCACAAAAACCGUUACCAACACCUGCAAGAGUUCGUACGACCUGUGCUGUGCUGCCGUUAGGAAGGUCGUUAACGCCGUUAGAGUGGCCGGAGAGCAGAUCUUGAAGGAUUACCUGUCCGAUUCUCAAAGCAGGGAGAAGAUCGGACAGAUUGCAACGACUAUCGUGAAAUAUGAGGCCGAUGUGGCCGCGAGGACGUUUCUCAGACGCGGCACCGGUUGGUUACAUGUCUAUAACCUUGUUCGAAAUGAACUCUUGUAUCUACUCCCGUCCAAUCAUGGCAGCAGGAAUUCCAAAUGUUCCAAGGAAAUGAUGGAAGAGAUGAAAAGGGAAAUGAUGGAAGAGAUGGAAGAGCAGAUGGAUAAAAUGCAUGAAGUAAUUGAUAAGAAGAUGGAAGAGAUGGAAAAGAAGAUGGAUAAAAUACAGGAAGAAAUAAAUAACAUCAAUUACCAUAACAAGAUAAUCCUCGAGCGUACUAAGCGAUGUGAAUCUCCUGGUGGAAACAUUUCACUUAGAAUCAGUACAAAAACUCCAGAUCUGGGUACUUUGACCUGCUCACAACCCGCACCACCUGUUGUCAUUGUCAACCCAUCACAGAUGUCAGCUUCUACCACACUCCGAAUUCGGAACCUGCCCAUGGCGACUACCACCACCAGCUACAAUGCUGCUGCACUGCCUCAACCCGCACCACCUGUUGUCAUUGUCAACCCAUCACAGAUGUCAGCUUCCACCACACUCCGACGUCGAAUUCGGAACCUGCCCAUGGCGACUACCACCACCAGCUACAAUGCUGCUGCACUGCCUCUUCCCUAUUGCCGCCCUGUCCGGAGCUGCAGACCAACAACCCAUCACCACCCAAAUCCUCUACAACAGCCCUCUUUUUGUUUUCCUCUCUCUCCUUUUUCUUCGAAGUCUCUGCCGUGCCACCGAGCUGCCCACUGA